UCAUUCGCAGGCGAAUGUGCUUUCGAAGAUACCUCGGGGCAGAGAAGGCAACAUGACCGCUGGCGGCGUGGGCGGUCUGGAGCUAGGCGGGAGCAGGCGCUAGGCAGGCUCUCGUAGCUGCUGGCGCCCCUCGGUGCCUGCGUGGGGAAGAGAGCUAUGGAGCGGGAAAAGGGCGAGUUGGAGUUUCCUGUCCAGCACAAGCUUUCACCUUUGGAACCGAUGGAUGAGGAAGACGAUGACUUGGAUCUUUUGGGGGGUUAUGAUAGCUGUCGGCAUUAUAGCAGCAGCGCAGACAGUGGCAGCACUUCCUGCCUGGAAGAUUCUAGUGAGAAUGAAACAGCCGAUCGAGAAGCUGGAGAACUGCCUGCCUCCCCGACACAAAUCCAAACACCUAUCAGUCGGUUGCCAGAUGAUAAUGGAUCUGAACCAGCUAUCUGUGAGAUGUGUGGGAUUGUGGGCACAAAAGAUGCCUUCUUCUCAAAGACCAAACGUUUCUGCAGCGUCUCCUGCUCCAGAAGCUACUCUUCAAAUUCCAAGAAGGCCAGCAUCUUGGCUAGGCUGCAGGGCAAACCGCCUACAAAGAAAGCCAAAGUCUUGCACAAGGCAGCCUGGUCUGCUAAAAUUGGGGCGUUCCUUCAUACGCAGGGUACAGGACAACUUGCAGAUGGGACUCCAACUGGCCAGGAUGCUCUUGUCGUAGGAUUUGACUGGGGAACGUACCUACAGGAUCAUGGAUGCAAGGCUGCCCCUGUCAGCAGUUUCAAACAUGUGCCCCUUUUUGAACAAUGGGAGGAUGUGAUUAAAGGGAUGAAGGUGGAAGUGUUGAACAGUGAUGCGGUGCUUCCUAGUCGUGUGUAUUGGAUUGCUUCUGUUGUUAAGAUUGCAGGCUACAAGGCAUUGCUACGUUAUGAAGGUUUUGAAAGUGAUUCCAGCCAUGACUUCUGGGUCAAUUUGGGCACUGUGGACAUCCACCCUAUUGGCUGGUGUGCCAUUAACAGCAAAAUCCUGGUUCCCCCCCAAACUAUCCGCUCCAAGUACACAAACUGGAGGGGUUACCUCAUGAAGAAGCUUGUAGGAGCCAGGACCAUCCCUGCAGACUUCCAUAUAAAGAUGACUGAGAACAUGAAGUACGCUUUCCGCCAAGGCAUGCGAGUGGAAGUGGUGGACAAGACCUGUGUUUCACGGACACGUAUGGCAGUAGUGGACACGGUGAUUGGUGGUCGGCUAAGGGUUCUUUAUGAGGAUGGGGACAGUGAUGACGAUUUUUGGUGUCACAUGUGGAGUCCCCUGAUCCACCCUGUGGGCUGGUCUCGAAGGGUUGGCCAUAGCGUAAAGAAAACAGAAAAGAGUAAUGACAUGGCAAACCACCCUACCUUCCGGAAGAUCUACUGUGAUGCUGUUCCGUAUCUUUUCAAGAAGGUGCGUGCUGUCUAUCCAGAGGGUGGUUGGUUUGAGGAAGGCAUGAAACUGGAAGCUAUUGACCCUUUGAAUCUGGGCAACAUUUGUGUGGCUACUGUUCGCAAGGUCCUUUUGGAUGGAUAUCUCAUGAUCGGCAUAGAUGGCUCAGCCUCUCAGGAUGGUUCUGAUUGGUUCUGCUACCAUGCUUCCUUGCACUCUGUUUUCCCUGCCAAUUUCUGUAGGAACAACAGCAUUGAACUGACCCCGCCAAAAGGAUAUGAUGCCAAGACCUUCAAUUGGGCAAGUUACCUAGAAAAGACCAAGUCAAAGGCUGCACCAACACGUCUAUUCAAUAUGGAUUGCCCAAACCAUGGCUUUAAGGUGGGCUCCAAGCUAGAAGCAGUAGACUUGAUGGAACCCAGGCUUAUCUGUGUGGCCACAGUGAAACGAGUGGUCCAUCGGCUUCUCAGAAUCCACUUUGAUGGCUGGGACAGUGAAUAUGACCAGUGGGUGGACUGUGAGUCUCCAGAUAUCUAUCCUGUGGGAUGGUGUGAACUAAUAGGUUAUCAGCUGCAGCCACCAGUGGUCCCAGAGCCUGUGUCACCUGUGCCAGCCAAGGAGGUGCCAAAGAAGAAGCGGAAGCCAUAUGGGAAAAAAAGAAAAAAGAUGACUGCUAAAGCCCGUUCUCUCAAGCAAGCUGCUAAGAAACUGACUGCUCCAAAACCAAAGAAAGGAACAAAAGUGGCAAGUGGGACCUCAUCACAACCAGGUCCUGAUCAAACAGUUGUUGCUGUGCAGGUGAAAGAAGAAAUUCUUGAUGACUCAGUGAUGGCAUCUGAAUAUCUACAACUUCCAGUACCAGUCAGCUGUGUGAAAGAUGAGGACAUGGAACCAGAAACUCCAGCAAGCUCUGUGCUGAACAGUUCCAUAAAAGACGAAGACAUGGAAUUGGAAGCCUCAAAGAGCCCUGUGUUGAUUGGCUGCUUGAAGGAUGAGGAUGUGGACUAAACUUUAAGGCAGCAAAGAGACUUCAUUAUCUUGCACAGCAGUCUUAUGAAUGAUAGAACAACUCACUGGGCUUGGUUGGGGGCCUGAGUUGAAGGUCAGACGUCACAAAGGUGUAAUUUUUAUAGAAAAUAACCACCCCACCCCCACCACCAAAAAUAGCUCUUGGAAAACAGAUCUCAUCAAACCACGUAGAAAAGCAAACCUGUGUUGCCUUUCUAAGCAGUACUGCAGGAAUGCAGGAUUAAUUUCUGCACUUAGCUUGUAGGGAGGGCAGGAGAUGCCAUCCUGGAUUUUCAACUUGAGCAUGUGUAUGGAUAAGCACCAAAGCAACAAAGCCACAGCUAAGGGGCGGGGGGGGGAGCACUGCAAGCCUUGCUUCUGCUCCCCAUGUUACCAUUGUCAUCUUCAGCGUUGUCUGCUUUUGCUUGCUGCUUACCAUUUGACCAGGAGAGCACACUGUUCUAACAAUGAAAUUGCAUGGAAAUCCCCAUCACUGCCAAAAUGUCCCAUUCUUUUCUGUGAGAGUAAAACACUCAGCACUUGCUAUGGAAAGUGCCUCUGUAUGCUCGGAGCUUCUUAGUGUGGGAAGCCUAUGUAUGGCUAGAGUUCUGGAUUACAAUAUAUGACUGCAAAGGAAUGGAAAAACGAAUUGAUGGUGUAGGAAUUAAUGGUAGACUAGUGUAAGGACAAGUUUUGACAAGAAGAGGUGUUGUAGAGAUUUCAAGAUGCACAUUGCAAUUGUGUCUCCGUUUUUUGUACAAGCUCAGAGUACAUCUUACCAAUAUGUUUAGAAAAUGAAGAAUCAUGUCUGGAACAAUUUAAAGCUUUCUCUAGUUAAAGGGAAAAUAAGUAUCAAGGGACGGGAUUCCAACAGAAGCAAUCUUGGAGUGAGUUGCAUAUUAUGUGCAAGUGGUGUAUAUUUUGGGGGGUUACUUGAAAGAAUUCUCAGUUUACAGGUGAUUAUGUUGUCUUGACUUCUUUGAAAUAAGGUGGUUCUCAUGCUACAAAGAGUAGAAUCCUUUUCAAUGUAGAAUAUGGUCAUUUGAACAGCCUUCACGGAAUUUUAGGACCACUUCAUGCAUUACUUUGCAAAAACUUGUGUCCUUCAUAUUCCAGCACAUGAGCCAGGGAGUUAACAGCUAAAUCCUAAGCAGAGUUACUCCAGUCUAAGCCCAUUGAAAUCAGUGGGUUUAGACUAGAGUAACUCUCCUUAGGAUUUCACUGCAAGUCACUUAUAUUUAAAUGUAAAAGUGUUUUCGAACACAUUCAUUAUGGAUUUUAAUAUGCAAAAAUCAUGAUUACAUUCAGAUACCAAAACUAACCUCCAUUUUGUUAAUAGUCCAGAUUUGUGUGUUUUACCGCACUGGAUGUGGCUUUCUUGUUUACAAACAACAAUUUUUAAAAUAGAUAGUCUCCAGUCAGAGUGGGGGCUGGGGGUGGAGUUUGAGACACAUUUUCUUUCCAAACCAAUUAUAUUGUUCAUGACAUCUCAGACACAACUGUCCAUUUCCAUGACUAAAGCUCUCUUUCAUAUUGAGAUGAGCCUGAAGACUUGGGAAAGUGCAUCAUAAUACCUUGAAAGUCUUGAGUGGGGAGGGGUUUGCAGUACAGGCUUCCAGUCUCUAUCUUCUUCCACUCUCACCCUUAAAUGUAUGCUUCAUCCCACCUUUUUCUUACUAAUUUGCAUUUUGAGUUAAAUGUUUGUGUUCCUAAGGCUAGGCAUCCUUGAUUGCUCCAGCGUGUCAGUCUAUUCGUUGCUAGUUCCAUCUGAAUGAGAAGUUAUGGAGGGGAGAGGGGCUAACAACAGCCCCAAACUGUAGUCCAACCCAUAGUCCUUCCCAAGCUCUUAUCAUGGUCUGUUUGACCUCAGACUGGUGCGGUACCUGCUGCUACUACUCAUCCCCAUCCCCAGGAAUAAAUAGGUACUGUGGCAUAAGGAGACUCCCAAUAUGUGUGUGGGAUGAUGUGCAGACUCAGCCCCCUCUUUUCCCUCCUUGCAAAUUUUUGGAGUUUUUGAUAGUUACUUUCUUCAAAAUAGAGGGAGUAUGCUGAAUUAAGGCUAAAAAUAAAUGUAUAUUUAUUACAGCUGGAUCUGUGGCUCUUUCUUAAUCAGCUUUAUUAUUCAAUAAUAUUAUACAUUUAGAAUAACAUAAAAUGUAGCGCUUUAGCAUAAAGUAAGAAAAGGCACACUGGCAAAAGGCUCUAUACUUAUUUGUUACAUGAAAGGAACGGGACUAAAGUCAUUUCAUGUUUUUUACUUGCUUUUAGCGUAGUUCCUAGAUUUUUGUUUCAUAUCAUGUGCAUACCUGGAAGUUUAGAAAAGCAUAAUAUUUAUUAGGCAUUUAAAAUCUAUCCCAAUGUUAUAUAGCUGCUACCUGGCUGCUUCUUUGCUAGGCCAAUACCCGGAAUGAUUGAUAAGGAUAUCUCAAUUAGAACGUUUCCUGAUAUGUGGGAAUUUGUGUGUUUGUCUGAGUUACCUGUCAAUGCUUGUAGAAGAUCACAUAUUUAUCAGUGGAGGAAAGGGUGAGAGUUGCAGCAGUGUAGUGAACAGGCCAAACGAGAUUUGACUGGGAGAAUGAUGUAGAAAGCUAGAGAUUGGGUGCAGGGUGUCUAGUUAUAUUACAGAAAAUGAUGCAUAAUGGUAGCUCUAGCUCAUACGCAUAAAGAACGGUUACAUUAGGGAAUCUUAUAUACCUUAGCACUAAUUGUUUACAGAAUAUGAGAUCAAAAAGAUUAAUACAAACAUCUCUUCUGCAUUACAUUUCUCGUAAUACAUGGCAUCAGACAAACUUGAGUGACAGGUCAGUCAGAUAUAAACAUUUCAAAUCCUGGAGCCAUACUUUGUUAUGAGUUGAAAACACUUCUGGGAAGUAACACAUUCAAGGCUGAAAUCUUAGUUGUGAAAUAAAAACAAGAAAAAUGUUUACAAUUGGCUGAACUCACAGCAAGUUCAAGCCGACCCUGCAGCUUAAUCUCAACAGUGAAGGGGAAAAAAACUUUUGCUACCGAGGCAAGUUUGUCUCCUGUGUGGGUGUUCAGCUUGGAUGAAUGCUUACACAUAAGGUUUAGAAGAAGGGACCCUAAAAAAAAUCCCUUAACAUGUGUCUGCCUUGUAAUGAUGCCUUACGUUCAGCUUGUAUGUUCGUGAAUAAAGCCAAUGUUUCAAAAGCACAUAAAAGCGUUAGUACUCCAUCAUCCAUAGGAAUCUGAUGGUGCUAUCCCUGGGAUGGCUUAUUGUAGAGGGAGACAGGAACAUGCAAUAGCAGUGUGGUUUCU